AUGUCGGCAGCGGGUGACCGCCGUGAAAUUGUCGUUGUUGGUGGUGGGAUCAUUGGCUGCUGCACUGCAUAUUUCCUCACGAGACACCCACUCUACGAUCCAACACGCCAUAAAGUAACGCUCCUCGAGGCCUCCGACAUUGCAGGCGGGGCAUCGGGGAAAGCGGGCGGGCUUCUCGCGCAAUGGGCUUAUCCAAGCAAUAUCGUGGAUCUCAGCUUCUCGCUCCACGCGCUGCUCGCGAAGGAGCACGACGGAAAGAACAGAUGGGGCUACCGGGAGACCAAUUGCGGUCAACUUGUCGUGAAGGGCCGCGCCAUGAGUGAGAAGAGCCCGAAGAAAGAAGAAGGCGAGUCCCUGCAGAAGCGCAGUGCGGCCGCGGUCUCCAAACUCAAAUCAGCCGGAAUCCCUCAAGAUCUUGACUGGAUUCAGCCAGACCUAUUGAGAGCGUACGAGAGCAUGGGCGGUCCUGGUGAGACCGCUCAGGUACACCCAUACCUCUUCACAACGUCUAUGGCAAAGCUGGCACAAGAGAAGGGCGCAGAGGUCAUCUUUGGACACGUCACAGACAUUGCUCGUCCAGGUGACACCGUCGAAUCUGUUACAUAUACCGAUAAAGAGUCGGGAGAGUCGCACACUAUCCCUGCCACUGAUGUGAUUGUCGCUGCCGGACCAUGGACCCGCACAGUCCUUCCGGAAGUCCCCAUUGCGGCGAUGCGUGCGCACAGCGUUGUCAUUGAACCAACAAGGCCCAUCAGUUCCUAUGCUCUAUUUACAAACAUUGAGAUACCGGCCAACUUCAACCCUGCGAAGAAGUCGCGACCUACAGUGGCCGCACCGGAGAUAUAUACCCGCCCAGAUGACACCAUCUAUGCUUGUGGUGAGGGAGACAAGACUGUACCGCUGCCAAAAUCCUCCGCAGACGUUGAGGUAGACCCUGAGCGCUGCCAGGAGAUCAUUGAUCAAGUCAGCAGUAUCUCGGAUGAACUGCGUGAUGGCAAGAUUCGCACACGGCAGGCUUGCUACCUGCCCAACUGCACGAACGGCGGAGGUCCAUUGGUGGGCUUGACCCAUACCAAGGGCCUCUAUCUUGCCGCUGGUCAUACUUGCUGGGGUAUCCAGAAUGGCCCCGGCACAGGGAAGCUGAUGAGUGAGUUUGUAUUUGAUGGCCAGGCCAAGAGCGCGAAGAUUGGAUCGUUGGAUCCCCGCGAUCAACUUUGA